UGGCCUGCUGCUGUUUCUAUUUCCCAACGACGAUGGCCCUGAUGUACUUUUACGGCUCGGCCUUUCACGUGAACAAACUCCGCCUGAAGAGGGUAGUUUGCGCCAACGCUCCGGAAGUUGUCAGCGCCGGGCACAUCGAGCGGCUGGUGCUGCACGAACGCAGACUGUCGACGGCCGCUUCCCGGACAAUGGCUGCUAUGAGUCUCGGUUUCAUCGUCAUGGUCACGCCGUGGACAAUCCAGGAAGUGGUGGCUGCCUGCACCGGAAGCAAACCGCCCGCCUUCCUCGACUUCCUCGCCACUUGGCUCUCGCUCUCUAACAGCUUCUGGAAUCCCUUCCUCUACUGGCUUCUCAACAACCAUUUUCGCAGAAUUUCUCGGGAGCUCCUCUUCACCAAGAUUUUAUGCAGACCAAAGCCAAUGAGACCGAAGCAACAUUGUUGCGCCACAAGUACUGGUGCUUUAGAUGUGUGCAACAUUGGCGGCUUAGAUUUAUCAGAACUGGAACGCUACUCAAUGGAGGGCUGCUCCCUGGCGCGCUGUUCGACCCUUUCACUCGCAACAACGCCACCGCUACCUUGGGAGAUGACACCCGGUGGCGUGCUGAUCACGUGAGGAAGGGACGCCGCCACGCAAACGGACGAUCUUCCUGACUCGUUUGAAGACAACGUCAGUUAGUAUAGCGUGGCGGCGGCGACGUCGGUGGC